AUGGAAGCGACUCAGCGACACACACCUGUACAAGGUGGAGGAGAGCAACUUCGUGAUGAGCUUCAAGUACUAUACGCUGGAAGACGCCCGCUGCACCACCUACUUCGCCUUCAGCUUCCCAUACUCCUACACCGAACUGCAGACUGAACUGAACGCUCGCGACCUGCAGUUCCGGCUGUCGCCACCUGUCGACAUCUACUAUCACCGCGAGUUGCUCACCUACACGCUAGAUGGCAGGCGGGUGGACCUGCUGACCAUAACGGCGGCGGACGGCGGCGAAGGCCGCGAGAUGCGGCUGCCUGGCCUGUUUCCGCUGGCUCUGAGCGAGCCGCGCGCCAUCCGAUUCCCCGGCCGUAAGGUGGUGCUGCUGUCGGCGCGCGUCCACCCGGGCGAGACGCCCUCCAGUCACGUGCUGAACGGCUGCCUGCGCUUCCUCCUGUCGGCGGACGCGCGCGCCGCCCGCCUCCGUCGGCUCUACGUGGUGAAGGUGGUGCCGAUGCUGAACCCGGACGGCGUGGCGCGCGGCCACUACCGCACCAACAUCCACGGCGCCAAUCUGAACCGGAUGUACGGCGACCCGACGCGCGCCCUCUACCCGGAGGUGCACGCCGCCAAGAGCGUGGCGCUGUACCACCACCUGGGACGCGUACCGGCCGAGUGCGAGGUGCUCGACUCGGAGCCGAGCGUGGCGGAGGUGGACGCGCGGUUUGUGCGGCCGCGCGAGCUGGCGGCCCCCGUGCCGCGGCCGCCCGAGCUGGAGGACGUGUCCAACGACGCCUCGUGCUUCUGCGGCGGCGACGACGAGAGCAGUCUGGGCAUGCCCGACCUGAGUCCGCUCAAGUCGCUGCUGCAGCUGACGCCACCCGCCUCGGCGGCCCCGGCGGCCGGCCGUCAGCAGUGGGCCGAGCCACGGCCGAGCGCCGGCUCCGACUCAGAGUCGCUGGUGUCGUCCGGCGAGACGGAGUCGUCGGCGGCCGGCGGCAGCGCCUCCACCGUGGACAGCGGCGAGACAACUGCCGUACCCAGCGACGGCGACUCCAACCUCUUCCUCUACGUCGACAUGCAUGGCCACGCCUCCAAGCGAGGCUGCUUCAUGUACGGCAAUCACUUCUCGUCGGAGGAGACGAUGCUGGAUUGCAUGCUGCUGCCGAAGCUGGUCUCGCUGAACUCGGCCAACUUCGACUUCCUCGCCUGCAACUUCACAGAGAAGAACAUGCACCACAAGGGCAAGAAGGACGGCCUCAGCAAGGAGGGCAGCGGCCGCGUGGCCAUCUACCGCUCCACCGGCCUGGUGCGCAGCUACACGCUCGAGUGCAACUACAACACGGGCCGCUUCUGCAACGUGCUGCCGCCGCUGCCGGGCGAGCGCGAGCCGCCGGCCGACCGGCCGCUCGUCUUCGAGCCCGUCCCCUACACGCCGGCACACUACGAACAGGUGGGCGAGGCGCUGAUGGUCUCCAUCCUGGACGUGACGGGCGACAACCCGCUCUCGCGGCUGGGCCGCUCCGAGUACCGGGACACGGCCGGCGUGCGCGCCUGGAUCAGAAGGUUCAUGCAGGUGACCAAGUUCGGCGAGAACAACAUCCUGUUCUCGCCGGAGAAGACGGCCCGCACCAUGAAGACGCUCACCAGCGAGCGGCAGCGGCGCACGUCGUGCCCGCCUGAGGAGCGCAGCCCGACGGCGGCGGCAGCAGCGGGGUCGCCGGCCGGGCCUCCGCAGCGUCGCCUGGCGCCGGCCGUCUCGCCCGGCCGCUGCGGCGACGCCCGAGACCGCCGCCGGCCCGCCCGCCGACUCAGGAAAGCCAAGAAGCUGUCGCCGGCCAAGGUGGAGGACCAGGAGAACGCCGCCGUGACACCCGCCCGCAAGCGGUCGGCCGACGCCGUGCUGGCGGCGGCGGCCGCGGCGACCAAGGCCGACGGAGAGCUCGCCCUGAACAAGGACACACAGCCGGACGUGGUGAGCCUGGCCGGACCCAGCCGUCUGCGGGUCAAGAGUCCCGUGCUGCAGCCCCGCUCCGGCUUCGGCCAGAUCGCCUCCCCCGGAAACACUCCGCCGGGCCUCACCCGCAAGCCGGCCGGUCGGCGCGCCCUCUCCGAGAAGCGCAAGGUGCUCAAGCCGACGCCGGUCAAGCUGGGCGAGAGCGCCGUGCUGGGGCGGGGCGCGCCCAAGCUCCGGCGCUCCGCCAGUCUCGUCAACGCCGGGCUGGCCGAGGCGCCGCGCCCAGAGUCCUCUGUCGUCGGCAACCUCAACCUCAUCCUGGGCGACAAGCACCAGGUGGCGGGCAUGGCGUGGGCCGACCAGCUGCCGGCUGCGUCCGGGCUGGCGAAGCCGGCGAAGCGCGCGCCGAAGCGGAGGAAGCGCGUGGCGAAGCCGGAGGAGGCGGCGGCACCGGUGCCGGAGGCGCUGCCGCCGUGCCGCAGUCUCGGCCACCUGAUCCAGCUGGUCAGCACGCCGCCCGUCAGUUUCUCCAACCUCUUCAUGGGCUCGGCCAGCACCGGCGAACUCGAGUCCACGGCCUGCACCGUCGGCUACGACGAGUCGGCCACGCUGCCGGACGAGCUGCCGCCGGGCCGGCUCGAGAGCUGUGGCAGCUCGCCGCUCAGCUUCGCCGGCGCGCUCAGCAGCCUGGCGGCCGAGAAGACCGCCAGACAGCCGCGCAAGAAGCUGGCCCGCAGGGCCUCGGCUCCCGCCUGUCGCGCCGACCAACUCACUGCCAUCGAGCUACUGACGUCACCCACGCUGGUCAGUGACGUCACCGCCGCCAUGGAGACGAUGCGGCCCAAGAAGAAGCACGCCAAGCUGGCCAAGCGGCCCGGGCUGGAGCGCGGCCGGCUGGCGCUGCAGCAGGUCAAGAAGCGUAAGAAGAUGAAGGAGAAGGUGUGA